AGCAUUGUGUCAGUGUCAAAACCAGGUUUCUCUCUAAAGAAUCUAUAGUUUUUUUCACAUGUUGUUGAAAACACUCAAAGCAGCUUUGAAAUUGGAUGCUGAUCUCUCAGAUGGCUCGUUCUUUUCUCAGUGAACUCUCUGGGGAUCAGCGAUGAGCUCAAGCAAAAGCUACAGGACGUAAUGGUGGACAGACACAAGCUAACGCUGGGAAAAACACUCGGGGAAGGUGAGUUCGGCUCUGUGAUGGAGGGUUCGCUCACUCAGGAGGACUCUGUGCUCAAAGUGGCAGUGAAGACCAUGAAAAUCGCUAUCUGCACUCGCACUGAAAUGGAAGAUUUCCUGAGAGAGGCGGCGUGCAUGAAGGAGUUCGAUCAUCAGAACGUCAUGCGGCUUCUUGGUGUGUGUCUGCAGAUGGUGGAGAGUGAAGGCUAUCCGUCUCCUGUCGUCAUUCUUCCCUACAUGAAGCACGGCGACCUCCACAGCUACCUGCUGUACUCCAGACUCGGAGACGCACCUGUGUAUCUGCCCUCUCAGAUGCUGGUGAAGUUCAUGACAGAUAUCGCCAGAGGAAUGGAGUACCUGAGCAGAAAAAACUUCAUUCACAGAGACCUGGCAGCUCGAAACUGCAUGUUAAAUGAGAACAUGAAUGUGUGUGUGGCUGACUUUGGCUUGUCUAAGAAGAUCUAUAAUGGAGACUACUACAGACAAGGGCGCAUCUCUAAGAUGCCUGUCAAGUGGAUCGCCAUCGAGAGUCUGGCGGACAGAGUGUACACUACUAAGAGUGACGUGUGGUCAUUUGGAGUGACAAUGUGGGAGAUCGCGACUCGAGGUCAGACACCGUACCCUGGAGUGGAAAACAGUGAAAUCUAUGAUUAUCUGAGGCAGGGCAACCGUCUGAAACAGCCUCCAGACUGCCUCGACAGCAUCUAUUCCCUGAUGUUUUCCUGCUGGCUGCUGAGCCCGAAGGACAGGCCGAGCUUUGAGAUCUUGUGCUGCGAGCUCGAGAAGGUCCUGGAAGAUCUUCCAAGCCAAGACCCAGAUGAGAUACUCUAUGUCAAUAUGGAGGAGACCUCCGGAGAGCUGAGGGCCGUGGGGGGCUGGGACCCCAUAAUGGGGUUCCCGUGUGCUCUCGGGGCCCUGAAGGGUUCGGGCUCAGUGGCCACUGUAGAAGUCCACCACCCCAACCGCUACGUGAUCUGCCCCCAGCAUGAGAACCAGCGCCUCCUCAACACUGACUCCAUGGAGAGUCUGACCCUGACGGGGCCCGUGCCCUCCUCCUGCUCCACCCCAGUGCCCUCUGAAGGGCCAUCCCUGGAGGACAGAGACGAGAAGAAGAGAGUGCCACGGCUGACAGGGACCUAGACUGCCUCUGGUGGACUGCUGAGCUAUCAUUUUGCACAGACACGCCAGACAUUCAGUGUUUAAAGUGAAUUAUGUCUUUUUUUAUGCUUUUCAGACAAACAUGUUUCCUUUUCAUUCCAAAUUGUCCUUUAUGUUCAGCCUGUGUCAUGAGAAAUCAAAUGAAUUAUAGUUUUUGUCUUACACUCUGUCAUAACCAGAAACUAUGUGAUCAGUUUCCAGCGACAAGUAAUUUGUGUGUCCACAUUGACAAGUGAUGUGCGCAGCAUCAACCCAUAUUGCAGAUCAUUGGUGUAUUGAGUGAUGUUUGCUCAUACAUGCAGGGGUUCAUACUUACUGAACGAUUUUAGCACCGAUUUUCACUCACCGACAGUUUUGUGGAAAUCAAUGACAAAUGCCUGAAACUGUAUCGUGUCCUGCGUCCUGCGGUGUGAAAUCUGUUUUGACUGGAAAUGACAUCAGCGAUGACCUACGGCCAAUGAGAGAGCAAGAUACAGGGCAGCGGGACGUUCAGGGGGAGGAGUCAUAGACCCGCAACAGAACACGCAUGGCUUCUGCAAGCCACCAUUGUCUGUUCAGGUUUAUUUUCUUUUUUUACUGCAAACCAGCAUACAGACAACUUGUAUCGCAAGCUUCUUGUGGGCUACAGUUUCUAACAGGAAGAGAUCCAGGCUGGCGCGAGAACUGUCUCACAGGCGGCCUUACAUUAUUUCCUUUAUCACUUCUCUCGAGGGUUCAGUUGUGAAAUGUAGUUCGUAGACCAGAGUUGUCACCUGAAAGGUUGUGUAAUGAAUGAACCUCUGUCGUGUGCACACAACAGCAACUAGACUGAACAGCAAUCCAGCUACUCGUGCAAAAUCAUGCAGUGUGUUCCCGGCAUUAGUGUUAGUGAUCUGAAUAACCCCAUACCUCUGUGUUUUACACUUUGGUGAUGGACAUGAAUGACCCCUUAAAUUAUACGGCUUGUUUAGGAGAUGUAUUACUUUUUAAAGACAUUUAGUUUAUAAAAACGUAAGAGACAUGGGAGUGGGCUUUUCUUUUUCUUUUUUUUUUGAAUUGGUCCAGAAAGCAAGCACCAAGAACACCGUAGUAAACGCAUGGCAUUGCCUUAAAACUACUGCACACUCUUUAAAAAUGCUUCCUAAUAGGGUGUUUUCACAGUGAUGCAAUAGAAGAACAAUUUUGGGUUUCCAAAGAACCUUUCA